GCUUCAUUUCCGCGACGUGCAAAGCAGUUGUGUGGCACUUUGUGUAGUUUCAAUUUCGAUAAAGAGUUGAUGUAUAUUUGGUCGUUUUCGCUUUCUUUGGCCUUAAUCUGCUUCACUUGCAGUGUUCAUUCACAGUCACUAUGCAACGAUGAUUCGGAGUGUGAUCAAAGCCAAGUGUGCUGUGUUGUUUGUACUUCGCGAUCAUCUUGCAACCGAGGGUGCACAAGUGAUGUUGAUUGCUCAUACGGGAAUGAAUGUGACACCUACUCGGGGAAAUGCGUAACUCCGACUGAUCCAACGACCUGGUCAUGGUUCUCAGCUUUUCCUACCUCAAUCAAACAAUACACGCUGCCAGAUAUCGACCGGUGCUAUUGGGAUAGUGACUGUUCUGGAAACACCAGAUGCAUAGGCGGACAGUGUGUAGACCACGAGGACUACGAUCAUUACGACACUACUCACGAUGAAGGAGGGUUGUCAUGGAGCGCAACCAAAAUCGUUGGAAUCAUCUUUUUCGCCGCUGUAGCGGCAGUCCUUUCAUGUCUGUAUCACAUGUGCAGGAAAGCCAGAAAACCGCCUGUACUCGCCACGCGAAAUGCCCAAGCUAGAACAGGAGUGGCAGGGGAAGCCACAAAUACGGCUCACGGCACUGAUCAUGAAAUGCGGCCACCAAGAAAUGCUGUUUCUAAUGGCGGUGUCGUGAUUGCAGUGCUAGAAGUAAACGAAGUUUCUCCUCCUUUACCUCCUGGUGCACCGCCACCUUACAGUACACUGGAUUUCGAGCCUCAGCAACGAAAUGAAAACGAGGAACAACCUCCUCCAAGUUAUGACGAGGCUGUUGGGAAUUCUACAAUGGCUCUGGUGUAGAUUUCAUUCGUCCGAGAGAUUAGAUAUAGUCGACCAGGCGAUUACCUCAAUAAAGGACAGCACUUAUCACAUUAUCAUAAGGGAAAAAAAAAAACGGUUUUGUUGAAGUAAUAAUUUUAAGUUUUACAAACAUGAUAUUUUUGAGUAACUCGGUUGUGUACGAGUUUCAUACCAGUCAACAGUCAUACUAUGGAGUAGUCAACUAAUCUGGUACAAGUCAGACUGGUUUAACCCAGUCAUGAUGCUCAACUUGCGCAAAUAACUUUGACCAAUUUAUUUCCGACUGUUACAAUGUUUUUAUGCUGUGGCUAUAAUGUGC